AUGUCUUCGCCGCCGGGACUGCCCCCGUACAUUGUCACCUUCGGUCCCCAGGCUAACUGCACGCUGGAGAUAUGUCCGAUCCAGUAUUCCCUUUACGGAUAUCGUCCCAGCCUGGCCGCCAAUAGUAGCUUUAUUGGGCUAUUUGGCUUGGCAGGACUGGUACACAUCUGGCUGGGGAUCCAAUCGAAGACUUGGUUCUUCAUGGGCGCCAUGUCGGUCGGCUGUGUGAGUGCGCUGCUCGGAUAUGUUGGUCGGGUGAUGAUGUACUAUAACCCGUUCAACUUUGAUGCUUUUAUGCUCCAGAUCAUCCUCGUGACAACCACCCCGAUCUAUUUCUGUGCCGCGAUAUACGUGACUCUCGCGUUCACCAUUAAUGAAUUUUCACCGAGCCUGGCGCGCUUCCGACCUAGAUACAUCUAUUGGGUCUUCAUCAACUGCGACGUUGUCUCUCUCGUCCUCCAAGCGGCCGGGGGUGGCCUAUCCACCUCGACGAGCGGCAAGAGUCAAAUUGGCGUCGACCUUGCCCUCGCCGGUCUUGCCUUUCAAGUAUUCACUAUCUGCAUCUUCUGUGCCUUGCUGGGCGACUAUCUAUUUCGGUAUUCCCGGUCGGGCCUCCUGGCAGCCAACCCUCUCCACAGCCGGUUCUUGAUCUUCUUCGCCUUUCUCGUUAUCACCAUCCUGAUGAUCACCAUCCGAUGCGUCUACCGGCUGGCCGAGUUACAUGCCGGGUAUAGUGGGGGCUUGAUUCGAGACGAGACACUGUUCAUCUGGUUUGAGGGAUUCUUGAUCCUCGCAUCGGUGUAUUCGAUGAUGCUGGGCCACCCGGGACUGGUGUUCCAGAUACGUAAGAAAGAAGGGGCAGGGCCGCAACGUCCUCAGGCGGCUGAGUUGUGA